AUGUGGCGCCCGUACCCUACAGCAUCCCCGCCCGCAGAGGAUGUCAACACGGAGAGCGCUAAUAAUGGAUCUCGGGAGAAACUCUUGAUGAAAGAUGUCCACGCGCGCCGGUGGCUCACAAAUGCAAGGCGGCAAUAUGUGCAAGAUGGCGGACCCAUGUUCCCUUGUAACUGCAUGCUCGAGUACCCACAGGGCCGGAAGUUGUACCCGGAAUACAUGGGUGUGCUUAUAGAGUCCCUGGCCGAGCCGGCCCAUGAUAACCUGGCGCUGCUGUACCCUCAGGUGGAGUGCAAGAAGGCCCAGCCGAAGGAAGUAAUGCUGCCGACGAGUGUUGGUCGCGGACGAGGAGGCGGGCGCGGCGGCUACGAUCUAGUUUGGUCGCUGGGAGCUCUCCCUGAUGGUAUCCAGGCAGCCGCUUACGCCGCCUAUGCAGGUCGUGGUUAUGCCAGUUACCCGAGCUUUGGGUUUCCUUAUCCAGCAGGCCUGACUGCAGCCAUACCCAUCAGAAAUGAGAGUCAAAGCUCCAGCAAAGGCCUAGCCUCCAAUUCGGUUGCCCCAAUACGCGCCGUCCAUGUAUUGGCACCUGGCUUCCCGGCCGGUUGUGGAUACUUCCCCUCAGCCACGGGCGCCUCCAUCACGGGCGUCUCUCCACAAACGCCCACGCCCGCGGACGGAUUCAAGGCAGCGGCUUACUACGAGUCCGGAGCGGUAGCCACGCCCACCCUCACGCCCACGGCACCCAUCACGCCAACACUGACGGGAGAUGUGACAGAGGAUAUGUUACAUUACCACCUGCAGGCUGAACGUUUGGCAGCAGCUGGCACCUACUACGACUCGGGUGCCCUCGCUGCAGUCACCAUGAGCGGCUCCGGAGGUGACCAGAGGGCGCAGCAAUCCAUCCAGGUGACUGCGGCGGCCCCCGGCGCUCCGCACACCAGGGCCGACCACAUCAAUUCCUCCCCGAUGCUUAGAACCACAGUGAUGAACAGCUUCCCACAGGGGUACGGCCCCCCUACCUCCCCUGCCACCGUGACUAGCAGGGGCUUCGGACCGGCGGGAUCCCCUGGGCCCAUGGACGUCUUUUCGGCCGCCCCUGGGGACACCACCGUGGGCUACGUGCAGGCGGCAUCCCCUCAGCCCUCCUCCUUCCCCGUCGCCGUCAACAGGGGGCCCCUCAUAGCCGCCUAUGCGAAUGGAUAUCACUGAGGAAUAGAUCAUGAUAAGUUGUGAGUCGCAGUUUAGUCGUCAUUUUACAACCAUGGAGACUGGCUUGGUGGUUCUCCUUCCUCCGCUGCGCUGCGUCCACGUGUUGUCACGCAGCCGCAGUCACUGCUGUUUUACCACCACCACCACCACCAUUUCCAACAUUAAAAAACACCACCAGAGCUCGGGUCGUCUCCGCCACCACGGUGAAUGCUGGCAGCCCACUCCGUCAGUGUCCGCCACCACUUCUGCUCCAUCUUCACCACCACUACCACCACCACUACCUUUCACCUCCCUCCCUCCCCCGCCUCGCACCCCCACCAUCCCCCACCUCUCUUCUCAUCCUUCCAGAGCUCGAGUGAGGACGCGCUGCAACCACCACGGGACUCCUCAAGGCUCUCUCUCAAGCCUUGAGGAGCUCGACAUACACACACAUGCAUAAAAAAAAAAAAGGAUGGGACCUCCUCCUCCUCCUCCUCCUCUUUCCCUUUCUCCACCACCGCCACCACCUUCUCCACCAACCACCACAACCACCAACCACCUCCACCACCUCCACCACCUUCGUCCUCGAUCUCACAAUGCAUCUGUACCCCCUCGCUCCUUCGGCACGGUCCUGGUACUAUUAUUUUGUGUCCCCGGGAUCAAGACCGCUGGAGGCCCUCUCUCGCGAGCCCCGCUGGAAACCCGUCUGGAAGAAGUCUAUGUAGCUAUAUACGCCCGUGCUACUUGCUACUUAUCUUCGUUUUAAUCCCCGGAGCGUCGUUUCGCCUCCGACUACGGCUUGGCACCAAGCCUUCAUAUAAUAACAAAACUUAAAAAAAAAUACAAGCUUUACUGCAGUGGUAAAUGACAUACUAUUGUUAUUGCAUGUCACAGUGACUCGGAAGUUGGUAUUUAUAUAUAAAUAUAUAUACACACAGACAACUGUGGCUAGCCAUUUAAGUUUUUGUGUACAUGAAAGAAGUGUUUGCAUCCAUUGAGACAUUGUUCAGGUUGCUUUACAACUUGUGACGGGGUUUGUCAUUUUGAUGAAAGAAAGAAAGGAAAAAAAUGUUCAGUGCGAGCAGGUAUAUAUGAUUCUCUCUUUUUUUUAAUCUCUUCGAAACACCGUCGAUGGAAAAACAGAUCCCAACGGACCAUAGAGUUCAAAAUAGCCGAUCUCGCCACAGAGUCCUAUCAUAUUCACACCUCAUAGAGAUUAAUUAGAAACAAACAAACAAAAAAUAUGUACAGGGUAAAAUAAAAAGAAAAGAAAGAAAAUACAACAACAGCAACAAAAGCAAAGAACAAAGCAAUGGUUUUUAGAGAAAGAAGCAGAAUUUUCAAGACAAGAAGAUAUUUUGUGUUCGUCGCCGGCGAAGAUGGAAUACCUCUAUCUCUCUGCCUGUCAUAGGGCUGUUUCAUUCCCUUGUUAACUAAGGGAAUGAGCUUUAUUGCAGAGCUACAAGAAGGAUCAUGUUCGUUGGCCAAGUCACAUUUCCACAUUACUGGCAUGACAGGGUAAGCUUAGGAGAUAUAUAUUUUUUUUUCUCUGAAUUUUUAAACUAUGUUCAAAGUUGAAAACCUCAAAUGCGCUUUUCACUUAGUUGUUGUUCAUGAAGAGUUCAAUGCAAAUAGAGGCUUCUGUACAAUAUAUAAAGAGGAUUAUUGUUAAAUUUGCAUUGAUAGAAAUUCUUGUACUUAUUUUUAUUUUAUUUUCGCUCUCUCUCUCUCUCUCUCUCUCUCUCUCUCUCUCUCUCUCUCUCUCUCUCUCUCUAUCUAUCUUUGUUUUUUUCAAUUUCAACUUCUUUGAUCUUUAGAUGUUUAGAGUUCUUCCCCAUUUUAUUAACUGACCUUUAGGUAUUUACUUUUUCGAAGUUCUUGUUGGAAAGAUGAUUUGUUAAGGAUUCAUAUGUUUAAAGAAAAGUCUAAAUGGAAUCUCUCUUUAGUAAUGUAAUAGUUGCUCUCCUCUUUUACAAAAAAAGCAAAAACUUUUUCAAACUUCUUGAAUACAAAACAAAUGAAAAAGUUUUCGCAUCAGGUUCGAUCAUUACAAAUUGGAGGUAAAGUGACCUGAUGCCUAGGUUAUGUAAAUAAAAAAAGAUAACAAAAUAAUCAUUAAUAAUUAAUAAUAAUAAUAUACCGGUACUUGAAUCUUCCCAUCAGAUGCUUGAGGCCGAGUACCACAGGCUCUUUCCUUUUCGAUGCUUCCCCUUUCGGUCGUUGAUGGAAGGCAAAAGAAAUGUCUAGAACCUUCUCGAAGAUUAGCGGGAAGACGUUCUUUCUGGAGCCGACCAUCUUUACUUCCCUCUUGUUUAGCGAGUGUGCGUUCCUGUGUACGGAUUUUAUAUACGUGUGUGCGAGUUGCAUUAUGGGAUUGGUAUCUGUGUGUAUAUGUUUAAGUGUAUACAUAUAUAUAUUUCUUCAUGUAAUGCGAUGUAUACUGUAAUGCGUAUGUACAUUAGUAUACAGGAUUGCGCGCACAUCCAUGCAAAUCUAUACAUAUAAUCUACGGGAAAAAAGAAAAAGAAAGAAAGAAAAAAAGGCAGAAAUAUUAUGGAUCCUCAAAUUAACAUGAGCUGAGAAUCUCUGCUUCAAGCAAGCUGAUGAACAUACGUCAAAAUACUUCAGUAUAUUUUUGUAACAUCGUAAAGCAACCGAUAUAGAAGAUACUGUGAAGCAAUAGACCAGGUUUAUAUACUGAGCGAUAGGUUCUCGGGCCUGUCGCUAAAACUGUCACGGGAAUAGCUCUGGUUGAGACCCCCUUCCCUGUAUAUUUUGUUGUGGUAUGUUGCGCUGUUAUAUUUUUUUAUUUUUUAUUUUUUGAUUCGAGCCGCCCAUCUUAAAGAGAUAAGGUGUGAGAAGUGAAUGUCUUUCAUGUAGAGAUGUAGACACGUGGAUGCAGUUUGUUGUAAUAUGAGUUUUUUGUUCAAACUUUUUUUAAGCUUUAUUAUACAAACACACAAGUUUGAGUUCCGAGCAUAUUUUACAUGUGAGCAUACUGUUUACGCAUUUUCAAUUUUUUAAGUCCAGAACGAUAUAUUUCAGGAUAUAUAAAUAGUUUUCAGAUAUUCACAAAGUAGAUCUACCGUAUAUUACCAACCAGUAUAUUAUAAGAUGAAAAGUAAUAAUCAAACUAAUUCCUCUGUACAACUGCGUUCACUUUGUUAGAAAGUAUGUGAUCUCCUCUUUGGAUGGUGUAUGUCGUACGUAGUUGAGCUUUAGACAUAGUGAGUCAUUUUCAGCCAUGCCCGUUCCAUCUGAUCAUCUUUACAAUGGCUGUGUCAGCUCUUCGCAUUGUGUUAGAUACAUUUAUGAGAAAAUAAAAUGCGUUAACCUUGGAUGCAAUGAGUGUGGCGAUGUCUAAGAUUGUGAGCUCUUUGAAGUGACCCCUUGCAAAGCCAGGUGGCCCCGCGCGUGUUGCUUAAGGCCGGUGGCUUGAGGUAGGAUGUUAACUUGAGUGUCACAAUGCCCGAUCUCUUGUGAAAAGUCUAGGGACUUGUUUUGCCACAUUUCAUUAACAAGGCUCCGUCACUUGUUCUCGUGGGUUGUGUUGGAAGUUUUUUAUGAUACUUUCAAAGUUUAUUAUCAAAGUUGCUGCCUACUGGUAUAAUUAGAAUUUAUAAUAUAGUGUAUAGAAUGUGUUUUUACUCUAUAAUUUUUAUUGUUUCGGAAAGUUUUUGAAGUCUGCAUUCUAUAAUGUUGGAGGUUUUCUAUGCAACUGUUAUCAUUAUUAUUAUUUUGGUUAAGAAUUUGUAUUUGACCUGUAGCUAACAUCCCGUAGUCCCCCAUCACUAUGUCAGAUGAUGUAAAUAUAGACUAUUGCAUUAGUGGAAAUAUAGGCAGAUCAUUGGUCAAUAGAUACUGUAAAGAAUUUAUGAAUUUAUGAAAAUUAUGUUGGAGUAGGUAACUGUUAGGUAGAUACGACUCUUCAGGAUGCAAUAUUGCAAUGUUGGUGUACCGGUUGAUGAUACACUGAUGGGCAAAAAAUACUGUGUAAGAAAUACUCGUAGAUUAUUUUUCCAUCUUGUUAAAAAAGGAAAUUACAAAGUUUUGGCUGCCCCCCCGUACCCCUACUACCCCCCCACUCCCUUCUAUUUAAAAAAAAGGAGAAAAUAAUAAUUGUAUGUCUGCGGUCUCCCGAGCGACUUUGAGCACUCUCGUUCCGUAACAGACGUAGUGUCGUUGUAGUCGUCCUCGUCAUCGUCAUCGUCGUGGUGACCGGUUUUGUCUCGUUAAUGGUGACGCAGCUAACAAUUACUGGUCUCUGCUGGCUCCUUUGUGUUGCCUCUCGGAGACUCCGUUAGAACGCGUGGGAGACUUGAUUUCAGAACUGUAGGAAACAUCAGAGGCUAAUAAUUGCUGUUCACGUCCUAUAUAUUCAUAUGUAAUGUAAAUUUUAUGACAAUGUAAACAUAGAUGUAAGCUAUUAAAAAAAAACCCGGAGCUAUGAACACGUUGCGAAUGAUUUAAAUAUUUAGUAGCUUAGUCUUGCAGGCGAAAAAAAAACAUUGUUAAGUGUGUUUUAACUGUUCAUGGCCUCCACUCGCUGUUGUUAAUUUAUACCGUAAGAUGGGUGAAUAUUAUAAUAACAUAUUUCUAGGAUAUUAUACAUAAACAUAACCACGUGUAUUCUUGGCAGACUUGAGUAGCGUUUCCAUGGCAACCGGAUCGUAUCUUCGUCGAGAUUCCGAGCUGCGACCUGAUUGGCCAGCGACUUUUAAAAGAGUUGUUUCGACCAAUUGCAAACCGUGCCUCGUCCCGUUGACGAAAUAGGGUCGUGUUUGCCAUCCGAACCUGUCUCGAGCGCGUUUAAAAGUGAUGGCUAAGGUGUCCUACAGGAAGUUUUAGUAUUAGACUGCCUCUUAUGUGCGGGCAGGUGAAAUAAAUGAUUAAACAAAAAAACUACAAAAAUCGAGACAAAAAAAGCAAAAAAAAAAAAAAAAAUGUCGAGAAAAAUUACAAAAAUAUAUAUUGCCAGUGCCGCGUCCCGGGAACCAAUGAGAUUUUAGCUUCGUGCCCCCUGCGUGAGCGAAAAAUUCAUUGUCAGAUCGCCAUGAAUAAGAGUCUUUUAUUGUUUGUUGUUUUUCGAAUGUACUUAAAAAAGAGAGAUAUGUAUAUAUAGAUUUAUUUAAAUAUAUAUUAUAUAUAUAUUUAUAUAAAUAUAUAAAUAUUCAUAUAUAUGUAUAUUAAUAUAUAUAUUUAUAUAAAUAUAUAUAUAUAUUAAUAUAUAUGUAUGUAUAUACAUAUACACACAUAAUUUAUUCCAUUCAAUUUGAUUUCUUAUUUAGUUCCCUAUUCUUUCAUGAAUGACAGAAACAUAUGAUACUAAUAAAUAAAUAAUAUAAAAAAAAGAAAACAUUAAUAACAUCAAUGAACUUCAAAAAAGUAAUAGUUUCCCCUCGCGCGUGUUUGAAACAGAAUUCGUGCUUCUCCUUGGUUCCCGGGUGGGCUGUCUUCUGCCUGAGUUGCCGUUGCUGCUUCCUUGGUCUACAAACUAUACAGUGUUUACGAUUAUGGGCUUUAGAGAGUUUGGUCCUAAGGACUCCAUUCUUUAUAGGAAAUAAAAAAAGAAAAAGAAAUGGAAGUUUGUAUAAAUUUUUAUGUGCAACAUUCUUCUAAAAAAUGUCAAGGCAGCAUGUCGCGAUUUUUUUUUUUUUUUUUUUUCAAUCGUGCGUUUUAUUUUACUUAUAUUUUCAUUUGGAUUUUUUUUUUUUUUUUUUUUUUGAUAUAGAAGUACGUACGUGCGCUUAUAUAUCAGAAACUUCGUGUGUGUUUUUUCUUUUCAUUGUUUCCGCUGUAAAUAUUAUAUAUUUAAGAUUUAAAAAUGUGAUCGCUAUUGCAAACAGAGGACAGAAUCUAAGCGUACUCAUGAGAUACCAUAGUUCAUAGCCAGGCUUCGGAGUAAAUAAUUAAAAAAAAGGUGUUUUAGUUAGAAGUAUUUACUUAUUUAUAAAUAUUUUCUUGUAUUUUUGUAAUGGGAAUAUAUGUACAGCUUAUUAGAUUUGGAAUUAGAGAUGAGGUUUUAGUUAAGUUUUAGUUUAGAGCCUUAGAUUGGGGAUUUAAAAAAAAACGAAUAAAAAAGAAAAGCUCGCCAAUCGUUAACCUUCUGCGAACAGCACUUGAACUUUUUGAACUAACACGGUGUUCUUGGGUCACGUUUUAACAUGCCCGGUCAACCAGUGUCGGAUCUCGUUAAUUCGAGCUCCGCUUUCUCAGACGACCUCCUUCACCCGAGUGGAUUUUUCUUACGAGGGCUUUAUCUUCGUGUGUAGUGACUUAAAAAAAAAAAAAAAAAAAAAAAACCGCUCUCUCUUUUUCUCUCCUGUAAUAUUUUUUAAUCGUUUUAUUUUGGAAGUUCUCCGAGGUCUAAGUAUAUAAAUAUAUACAUACACAACCUAUAUUUAUAUAAUUAUAUAUACAGUACCGAGACCCCACGAACCUACCUCCCCACUGUAGUUCAAAUUAACGAGAUUUGAUUUUUUUCAAACGACUUUGUCUGCACACUUUCAAAACAAUCAUUCAACAUAUCACUGGCAAUAGAUGACAGACUCUUGCUCCUCUCACCACUGCUCACUUGUUUAUUGCACUUAUAAUGUCUUGAUGUUCUUUUCUUAUUUUUGUCACUUUUACCAGCAAAAUGAUAACAGUUUGGAUCAUACGGGAGAACAUAAAAGCACAACAGUGUAUGAUUGUGUGUGAUUGGAUAACGGUGCGAGAGGCCACGUAGUAAAAUAAAAAUAAAGGGAAUAAUGAUGAUGACACUAAUGAUAAAAAGAACGAAAGAUUUAAUGGUAAACCACGAGGCCACUUAAUUGUCUUACAUUAAAAAAAAAAAAAAUCACACUAAUGAGGUCACAUUCUAAGGGAUACAAGAAGAUAAAAGAAGAAGAAGAAGAAGAAAAGAUCUUGCAUUCAGGGCAGUGUGAUAAAAAGGGUACGCAUUUCAAAAACUUAAACUUUCUCGGAAUUACAACAAAAGCAGAGAGGUAUUUAAAACAAAACAAUGAAAAAGAAAAUUAAUACAAGUAACUUCACCAAAAAAAGAUAAAAAGUUGUAUCAAUGACCUUAUAACACAACCAAAUUAAGGCAAACUGCUCAAUACUACACGCCCUACACCAUAGUAUGUGAUCUUGAAUGCACAUAGAAGGCAGUGGUCCAAAAUGUGAUCUGAAGUUAGUACGCCCAUUCUCGGGCAUUUUCUGUGAUACACGUACAAACUAGAGACAAAAAAAUGUUAGACUAUGACGGUUAUACUCUUCAUCGGGCUAUAAUAAUGGUAUUUCAUUGGUAGGCACUGUUAGAUAUUAUCGGUGGCCACUCAUUAGGCAAAUUAGUAAAGAGUAGAUACAGCUGUCUAGGCAUUAGCUAAUAUAACGGGAGGUCAAACUUGAUUCAACAGAUGAUUAACAUGUAGGGGGAAAAAUUUGGUCAAUUUUGAUAAAAAAAAUGUACAUAAAUAAACUAUGCAUCCUAAGACACGAAGAAUUAUGCAGUCAGAGAUAUUUAAACAAAAAUGUGUGUAAAUUCUCUUUAGAAACAUGGGGACUGUGACGUGAAUGUAGCUUGCUUACGUAGUAGGGAAGUCGCCAAGAGAUGUAAAAAUAAUAAAAACUCUUUAAAAAAUUAUAUAUAUAUCAUAUAUAUAUAUAUGUAUGCAUUUGAUAGGUACGAGGUCCGGCAAACAAGACUGGCCUUUAUAGACAUUCAGCAUAUUAUUUGCUCACUUGUCUGAGCGCCGUCGCUUUUCAAAACAAAGGAGUUUUUUUUUGUUUUUUUUUUUAAAGAAACUAUUUAUUUUCGAUUAGUUUUUUGUGCUUUGUGAUGUACAGUAACUUUGAAUGCAUCAAGUCUGCUGAUAUUUCCUCAUUGUGAUCCUGACAUUAAUUGCAAACCAAUGUGCAUUGUCUCUUAUAUAAUUUGCAUAUUCAAUUUGAUAUCGUUGAUUACGAAAUAAAAAAAAAUAAUUCGUAUUUUUUGUGAUACUCUCUAUAGCAAGUUGCUGUUCUAAUUUAGAGGUAUUUUUGCCAGAUUUUUGUGAAUGCUUGGAUACACAUAGUUUUUUAGUUUUCUUUGCCGUUUGACAAAACAAUCGUAAAACAAGUAUUUGUAAUAAUAAUUAAUACUAAUGUUAACCAAACAAUUAGCGAUUACAGAAUUUUGUACGUUGAAAAAAAAAAAGAAAUUUGCAUACGCUCUCAUAAAUGUCUUUGUACUUGGUGUUUGUUUAGCAAAGACAAGAAUUUAAAAAAAAAAUGUAAAGAGAAACUGUUGUAGAAAAUACCCAUCCGUUUUUAUAGUAUGACGACAAACAUAGACGAAGGAAGCAAAUAAAUGAUGAUAACACGUAAGAAUCUUUAGCCAAUGAUAAGAAAAACAAAUAAAAUAAAUAGGCGUUAGCUUCCCUUGCUUUUUAGUCCUACAAGUCGCUAGCUUUUUAAACAAAAGUAAGUUCAAAUUAGCUGAUUUUUUUUUCGCCGAUUUUUGGGAAAAAAUAUAGGCUGUUUCAUUCAGCUUUGUAAAGAUUUUUCGAAUUUUUGUAAUGUGUUACGAACCAGGAAUACAAAGAGACACACACCGACCAGAUAAUGUUUUUGUUUUGCUAUAAAAAAGUGUAGUAGAAAAAGGACGAUGUACGUAUAUAUGUGUAUAUAUAUGACAAUAUACAAAUAUAUAUAAAUAUAUAUGUUCUUCAGUCAGUAUUGGUUUAUCGUUAUUGUCAUCACUAUUUUUUGUUUUAUAGGAAUUGUUAUUUAAAUACUUUUGUCCACUUUUUUUUUUUCCUUUUUUUAAAUUUUCUUUUAUUUUCGUCAGGUGCUGCAUCACUUCCGUUUUUGAUUCGUGCAAAGGACCCCCUCCCCCCCUUAAGAAUUUAAAAAAGGGAUAGUUUUUAGGUAUUGUCAUCAAUUGAUCAUUACAAAGGAGAAAUUUAUAUAUAUAGAACAAAAUGUAUUAUUUGAAAUGGGUGAAGCAGGCCAUGUUUUCUUUCCUUUAAGGUUAAUCAUGCAUUUUAUCAGGUGAUGUUCAUUGAAUUUAAUAUAAAGUCGAUAACGGCCAAGUACUUUCAUUGUAUUACGUAGAUUGUUAAUGUUAGAUUUUGUAAGGAUUAGUUUUGAGUUUUGUUUAUAACCCGUGUUCAAUGAUCUCUUAAAUAGGAUAAUUCGUCAUUUUUAAUUAUUGACAGAUGUUCCUUCUUCGUGAGUUGUAUCACCUAGAUUGAUUUAACUGCACUUAUUUUAUUAUUAUUAUUAAUUAUCAUUGUUAUUAUCAUUUAGUGUAAUGACUCGCCAACCAACAUCGUUUUCUUUAUUGAGCCAAACACCGUUUUCUGUUGAGGCGAGAGACACCAGAUUUUGCCUGGAGUGUAGUCGUCCAUUUGCUAUUGUUGCGUCCAGGUGUUGGCGAUAAUAAACACAGAUUCAUACUGACACACAGACACACACACACACACACACACGGAAAUACACGCAUGAGAAAAGGAAGUAAGUUUUCUUUUCUUUGAUUCGUUUUUUGUUUGUUUGUGUGUGAAACAAAACAGAAAACAAAAACAAAAACAAAAUGUAAGGUCCCUCGCAGUUCCGAUACUUGUAAGAAGCUUGAUCCAUAUAUAUGUUGUUUUUUUUUCUCGAAGAAAUAACUCUCUCGCGGUCUAUAAUAGGUCACAUUUUCCAUACCCUGGGGAGUCCAUCAAUAUACGCUUGGGAAUUUAAACCUCAAUAACCCCAGGAUUAAAAAGAAUAACAAAAAUGCGAAAUGAAUAGGUAUUUAGGUAAAUACUGACCAUCAUAUUAUACAGCACUUCAGACCAAACUAAAAAACAAACAAACAAUGUAAAAGUAAGAAAGACGAAUGUAGAUAAAAACAGAAGGCGAAAGAUAAGAAGAGGGAAAAUCCAAGGCAAGGAUAGGGAUAAGGAUAACCCUUUGAGUGAGAGAGAUAAACUUUGAUUAAUUAAAUCGUGUUCUAUGUGAGCGUACUGCCGAUUUUGAAUUGGAUAGACGAAAAUAGGUUAUUGAGUGUUCAUGAGACUGCUUUUCUAACUUCCCAUGGGUAUGUGCCAAAAUCUGCGCCAGAGCUGGUCUUGUUAAAAAAAAAAAUAUUUUAAAGAAAGAUAAAAUGUUGAAAAAAUAAUAAUAAUAAUCACUAACCUUAACCAUUUCUUUUAUAGUCCAGCUUUGUGUUUUGGAGUGUUUUUUUUUCUUUUCCAUAAUGUUACGGUUGUUCCAUCCUAAUAUCGCUGUGUUAUAUUCUGAUUGUUUCAUGUUUGUUUAUUUAAUAUAUUUGCAUAUUGUCUUUGUAUUAUGGCCUGUGAGUACUCACAUGUUGGUACCCCUGUACAACAGGUCUAUGGGUGGCAGCACUGUUGGCGCCUGUAGUGUAGUCGAGCGAGUCACUGCCCACACAACACACACGCACCAGACCUCGGGUUUAGGUUUAUUUAGAGGAAUUAGUCUAAAUUAUAAAUAAAAGAAAAAAGCCCUUGAAGGGUUGGUGACGUAGCGGAGGUGCGCGCGCGUGCGUGGAGCUGUGUGUCCCCAUGUGCCCCCAAUCUCAGGUGUAAGCCACGGUACUGUUGCCCGCCCUGUUGUACAAGGGGGGUCUUGUCCCCGCAAUAAUAUGUGAGCAAUAAGUGCAAGUGAAGCGCCAGGCAAUACCGGCUUCUGCAACAUUUUGGGGUCGGUUUAUACUUAGAUCUGUCGGAAGAGUACAUAGGUAAUGUUGCAUAGACUUGAUUUUGGUUCUUUUGGACCAGAUUGCAAAAAAACAAAAGAAUUACUGUUGUUAUGCGCCUAACAAGCGUUUUAUCUGUAGAGGCUGCUAUGCUUUCCUCCCCAAAAUGCUGUUGAAAGGUUGUACUGGAAGUUUAUAUACAUGGAUUAUUAGCAAUAGGAUGUAUAUAUAAAUAUAUUCAUGACGCAAAAAUCCUCAGUAACGAGGACAUAAUUAUAAAAUGAAUACAACUAUUAUAAUACUUAGCAGAUAAGAUGUACCAUGGCACAGUUAGCAUUGUGCCAGGGAGCCUAGUUCAACAUAAAAAAAGAGACUAGGUUCUUUAGGUUUAUUUAUCGAGCUGCCUAAAUAUUGUUGUGUGAGACUAUGCCGUGAGUCGUAUGUGCAUUGUAUAAACCUAAGCUCCGCCUCCCGUGUCAGUCUGAGAGACGAGUCACGCUCGCCUUCCGAACGGUCACUCUGUACGCUUCUGUGAUUGGCUGAGACAGAUCCCUUUUUUUAAAAAUCCGCCAAUGAUAUUCAUGAUAAAGAAACCACACUGACGUCACAUCAAAUCCUACGCUUCGUGAUUGGCGCCUUGUAGCAAGAGAGAGAGAGUGAGAUUCAAAAUCGACCAAUCACGUGGGGAUUUGUGAGUGAGUGGGCGGAUCGCUAACGAGACUUGUCUGUCAGGCGUAUAAAAUCGGGGUAGAGCUGCUUUGUGAACAUAUGGAUGUUCCUUUCUUGGACGUCCUGGGGUGUGCUCUUAUAUAUGCUAGACGUUAAGGUAAGACAUGGUAAUACAGUAUGAUAUUAUACCUGAAGGAAAAAAAAAACAAAUAAAUAUGUAUUGUCCACAAACUGUAAAAGAAA